GGCUAGUUACAGAUAUGAGCUCAAACAAAACCUGUCCUGUGACGCCAUCUCCUGGAUCAAGAGAGAACGACUCGGUCUUCAACGACAACCAUCAUGGCGGCCACCACACGGCUCAUAUCAAGGUUGACUGUUGUCACGGGAGGGGGCAGCGGGAUUGGCCGAGCCGUAUGCCAGCGAUUUGCUUCCGAGGGUGCCAUAGUGGUGGUCGCUGACAUCAGCGAGGAGUCAGCCAAUCAGACCCUGGACAGCCUGAACCAUGACCACAAAGGGCAGGACCACAUGGCGUCUGCUGUGGAUGUUUCAUCAAGGGAGAGUGUAGAGAAACUACUCACAAGCAUACAGUGUCGGUACUUCCAGCCUCCCUCAGUAUGUGUGAAUGCUGCAGGGAUCACUCGGGAUGAGUUCCUCCUGAAAAUGGAGGACGAGGACUUUGACAAGGUUAUCCAAGUCAACCUAAAGGGUACAUUCCUCCUGACUCAGGCUGUUGGCAAGGCUCUGGUUGCCUGUGGAGCUCCUAAAGGCUCCAUUAUUACCGUGGGCAGCAUUGUGGGCAAGGUGGGCAAUAUUGGACAGGCAAACUACUCUGCUUCCAAAGCAGGUGUGGAGGGCCUGACCAGAACUGCAGCCAAGGAGCUGAGCAGAUAUGGGAUCCGGUGUAACUGUGUGCUUCCAGGGUUUAUAACCACACCCAUGACUGAUAAAGUACCAGAGAAAGUAAUCAGUCAGCUUACGUCCAUGGUGCCACUGGGGAGGAUGGGAGAGCCUGCAGAGGUAGCUGAUGUGUGUGCCUUUCUGGCUUCGGAUGACUCUCGCUACAUCACUGGAACCAGUAUUGAAGUAACAGGAGGCCUUUUCAUUGGCUGAGACAACAUUCCAUCAUCCUCAUUAAGACCAAUGAGGCAAGUUCCCUUCUCGGUCCAGGAAUGAAGUAUUGCUUCAACGUUCACAUUGUGCCUUCGCUUGUAAUAAUACAACUGAUUGUUUUGUAAAUCUAGUCAAUAUGGACAAGGUAAAUGUGCAAUAAAUGAAAACCAAUGUUUGUAGCUUUUGAGAUCUCGUGUUGUGGAGAGAGUUCACAAUACAGAGAGCGGGUCAGUGUUCAGUGGUUUCCCCAAUGUAACCAAGUUACACCUCUAAACGCUCUACAUUUAUGUACAGUUACUAUCAUUUAUCUAGUGAAACUUCUACUAGUCAUUACUAACAGGGUUGGAUCUAGAUGUUUAUGAACAGAAAUGGCUUCACACAUGCAAAGGUACUCUAAUACAGUAUGCACACAGAGAACAUGCGUUGGCAUGUGGUUUAAUUGGAGACUUCGGACAGAAAACAACAAGCCAAGAACAAACCGAGACAGUGAAACUAAAGCAAAACAAAAACCAACAGAAAACGUGGCAAAAAAAUGAAACACAAAUGAAAGAGAGCAGUGGACUGUAGAGCGAGAGGGAAGCAGGCAUAGAUCAGAAUCAAACUGGAGUGAAAACACUAGAAGGGAUCUUUUGGGGUGUUGAGGUGCUAAAUAGUGGAAAUAAGGUUGGGAUGUGACUGAUUCUGUGUUAACUGGAGAUUUGUGAAUGUGGUUGUAUUCAGCUGUCUGAGCCGCUGUACGCAGCAAGUCGAGAGGAAUCAAAUUGAAAAAUAUUCUAGCUAUUAUGUAGCCCCGGGUAACAUGCAACACCAGCCAGUUGAGAGAGAAUGAAACAGGAGAGGGACUAAGAAAAAAUAACAAGGGAGUCGAGCAGCUCUUUAAAAAGAUUAUAUAUUACAGAAACAAACAUAAAAAAAAAAUACUUACAUAAAAUACUUUCUCUUUUCAGCACAAUGUUUUGUUGAAACAUUUGUCUUUAACAAUAAAACUAACCAAUAGAUUGCGAUUUUUCACUCGAAAUCACAAGGUAAUUAUUUUUCACCUCUGGUUUAGUUAGGUCAACCCCCCCCCCUUCUGCAAUAUCAAAAGAAAAACAAACCAAAAUACCCAUAAUGAUAUUCAACCCCAUAGCCACAUUACUUACUUAUAAACAAAAUCGUAAUAAUUCUUCCCCAGGUGGUUGCUAGAAUUUUCCCUCCCUCCCUCCCGCUUGCUGUCCCCUGCCCACUGUGUUCUCACAACCAUAGAAUCCCGGUGUCUGUUUGUCGCCCACGCCAUACUCCUGCAGCACAGCGCAGCUCAGCAUUGGCAAACCGCAAUGAAAUGUAACAGCACAGUACAGUUGAUUGCUAAAGGGUUACAAUGAGAUAUGGCCACAAAUGACACGUUUUAUUUUUCACCAGAACUGUUGACAUGCAUAGACCAAUGGGGUGCGCACAGAUAACUCGGGUUAAUGUUUUGUUUAAUAUGUAUUUAAUUGUUUUAACCAUCAUGUGAGAACUACAGGAAAUAAAUACAAAAUGAAAUACCA